GCUUUGGUACUAAGGAGGCAUUGGAUGCUUCUAGAAGAAAACGAGAUUAGUUCAAAACACAGCUGAUAUUGUUUAUUUAACUCAAAUGGCAGAUUAGGAUCUUGAAAAACUAGAAACAUCUUCCUUGUGAAUUGCAGAUUCCAAUUACAUGUGAGCCAAAGUUUUUUCAACCUGAAUGGGCGCGUUUUGCUGGAUUAUAACAAGAAAAUGAAAUAUAACUAAGUUUGGACCCCUUCCCUGGUCCCCAGGGCCAAGGUGGCUACAACAAGCGAUGGGAUCUUCUUUCCCAUUGAUUCCAUCAUAUGAAGAGACAAAUUUGAGGAUUGUUCUGCUAAUAUCAAUAACUCGCAACAUUCAACUGAUGUUGGCCUUUACUUAAUCAUAAUCAUUACUUUUAUGAAGUUGCCACACUGCACAUGUCAAUUUUUCUUUUCAAUUUGUUGCAUGUGUCAACGUGCAAGAAGAUGGUAGUCUCACGUUAUGCAUAAAUGCACCAGUACUAAAGUGUUACCUUCAAACUGAGUGCAAAAAUUGAAGAAAAUGGAUAGUAAAAAAUUGGAAGGUAAAAUUGCCAUCAUCACCGGAGGAGCAAGUGGUUUCGGCGAAGCCACAUCACGUCUCUUUGCUCAACAUGGUGCUAAGAUUGUAAUUGCUGAUAUCCAAGAAGAAAAGGGUCGAUCAGUUGAGGAAUCCGUCGGGCCCAGUCACUGCACUUUCAUCAAAUGUGACGUCACAGACGAGAAACAGGUUCAAUCAUUGGUGCAAUCGAUGCUGGAGAUUCAAGGUCAGGUUGACAUCAUGUUCAGUAAUGCCGGAAUUGCUAGCACACACGAGCAUGAACAAGAUAUCCUGGGAUUUAAUCUGGAUGCUUUAAACAAGCUAUUUGCGAUCAACGUACGCGGGUCAGUGGCGUGUGUGAAACGCGCAGCGAAGGCCAUGGUGGGGAGUGAUGUAAAAGGGAAUAUAAUAUGCACGGCGAGCUUGACGGCCACGAGGGGGAUAACAAAGAAAAUUGCCUAUGCAAUGUCGAAGCAUGCAGUACUUGGAUUGGUGAAGUGUGCAAGUAAAGGACUAGGUAAGUAUGGUAUACGUGUGAACUGUGUUUCUCCUGCGGCAGUGGCAGCACCUUUGUUAGAGAAAUCGAUGAAGAUGAGUGUAGAGGAGUUAGAGAGACUGUUCGAGUCUUUCAAUUGCUUAAAAAAUGGGACUUUAAGAGCUUCUCAUGUAGCUGAUGCAGUCUUGUUUUUGGCUUCGGAUGACUCUCAGUUUGUCACUGGCCAUAAUUUGGUCUUCGAUGGAGGCUUUCAUCCUCCGGUGUGAUUAUUGUUGGGGCUUAGGAUUGGGCUCUAGUGGAAGACUUCUAAGAUUGAGUGUGUCUGGCUUGGAAAUUAAGAUGCAGUCUGUUGGCUAUGUAAAAUUGUCCAAAUUCCAAUGUUUUGAUUACAUUCAUGAUUUGGCAA